AUGGAGGCAAAAGUCCUCUUCGACUUUGCCUUCGUCGACCUGAUCGAAGCUAGCAACAACGGCUGUCGACUGAGUUCAUGGAUUCUAGAUGAAGAAUGUAUCACCCUCGAAACUGCAUCGGCUCAAUGCGGCGAGAUUGCGGACGCUCGGCUCCGGAAAUCAAUGCAACAGGCCAUCAUGUGGGUUGAUGCUUUGAUUCCAUGUGUCCCGGAACAAACGUUGCGCAGGCUAGCGGUGGAGAGACCUGGAAACUUUGAGAAUAUGUACCUUUUCCUGGGCGCACAGGAUGACAUCGACAUCUCGAGAGUUGAAUUCUUUGGUCUCUGGGACCGCGAUAACAAAGAAAUUGCAUAUCGCACGCGGCGCGGAUUCCGAGUGCAAGCUUCUGAGGGUGAUCGCGCUGCCGAAUACAUAACGACGAGACCAAUAGACGAUGAGCCUGGAUCAUUGGAGACAGCCGCGAAAAUAUCUUUAUGGCGGGAUUCGUGCAUCAAAGACCACAACGACAGCUGCCCAACAUUCAGUGCUGCAUUUGUCCCAAAAAGACUAAUCGAGGUGCUGGACUCCGAUGGAUCAGAUUGUUUGCACCUGUGCGAAACGCAACACUUAGCCCAUUCGCCCUACAUCCCAUUGAGUUACUGCUGGGGAAAAGACCAAACGAUCACUUCCACAAAGGCGACUAUUUCCGAGUGGCUGAGAUCGAUACCAUAUCAUCGGCUUCCGAGGACUAUCCAAGAUGCAAUUACCGUGUGUCGCAACCUUAAGGUUCGGUUUCUAUGGGUAGACGCGCUAUGCAUCAUACAAGACGACGAUCGAGACCGACCUCAACAGAUUGCUCAGAUGCCACAGAUAUAUAGAAAUGGACAUAUGACUAUUGCGGCCGCAUCGGCAAGUGAUGCUUCCAAGGGAUUUCUAUAUCGACGUACAGCACCCAACUCAGAAACACCUGCAUUUACUUUACCUUAUGUGUGUCCUGAUUCUACAAGGGGAAGCAUAACAAUAUUUUGUCUCGACAGAACUUCGAAACCACUUGAUACGAGAGCCUGGACGUUACAAGAACGUCUCCUCUCACCACGGCUGCUGGAAUUUUCGGAGCAUCAAGUACGCUGGCUAUGCCGUGGCUCUCUAGAUAAACCAGGGUGGACGAAUGGAUGGGUAAUGGCGGAUGAAAUUGAUUCUACGAGCAAAAACAUCUUACCGAAAGAGGUAUUUGACCGAGUCUUCGACAUUACCCGAUCGGCCUCUCAGCGCGACUCUAAAAUAGACCUGAAUGAAAACAAGAGAGACUGGUAUAGCCUCGUCAGGGCCUAUACACACCGCAAACUCACGAGGCCGACUGAUCGGACCCUAGCUUUGUCCGGACUUGCAAAAGAGUAUUGUGCUGCACUCGACGAUGAAUAUCUCGCAGGUCUAUGGCGCAAAUCACUGUUCACAGAGCUCCUAUGGACCGUGGAAGGAAACACACAUCCUGCACCUACUUCGUUCCAAGGGCCGUCGUGGUCUUGGACGUCUGUAAAUGGCGUAAUCGACUUCAAGGGCCAGUAUGGACUCGAAGACGGCAAGAAUAAGCAAGCAAUAAGAGCCAAGAUACUGGAGUGUCAGCCGGUUCUUGUUGAAGACGGCGCUCCGUUCGGGGCAGUCGAAGAAGAUCUGUGCAGCCUAACUCUCGAAGCGAGAUUGUUACCUGCGCUUCUCCUUCCCUCACGAGCUUCGAACCGCUACAAUCGGCCAGAAGAGAAUCACGCCGCCGUAAUGAAGAUGAGCGAAGAUUGCAAGGUCCAGCAAAUUAAGAUCAAUCUUGAUACCUCCGACUUCCGAGCCCGUAUGCCAGAAGGAGCUCCAGCGGAGAUAGUGCUUCUAGAGUUAUACAGCUUAUUCAUGGGAUCUCAAUGGCGUACUAAAGGUCUGGUACUGCGUUCGGAAGUAAUAUCUUCUGCUCAAAAAGGGGCAAGGGAACGACGCUUAGCUGCCAAGGAGAAGACGGACACAGAUAUAUCUGUGAAGGAUGAGGCGGGUCCACAGUCAAGACCUUCCACACAGACGGCCGCCCUGCGAUACCAAUUUCGUCUCUAUCUCGGAGCCGAAGUUGAUGAUUGGUCCGCAGAGCAAGUUCGGGAAUACGCUCAAAGCCGGAGUGGCGAUUUACUUCGUAUGCCAAAACUCGGUAUGCCAACGAAGCAAGAUGAACAACGAAGCGAGCCUGAGGAGCAGGUGUUCUACCGCGUCGGCAUGUUUGAUUACACUUCGAACUAUUGGAGUCAGAAAGACUACGACUCCCGCGCGCAACGGGAAUGCGAUUGGUUCAAGUAUUCCACCCCUAGAGUGGUGAAGAUACUCUAA